CACCCCCCCCCCCCCCCCUCACCCUGCCUCAGCUGCAAGAUUACUCAUGAUCAUUCAAAGCGCAGGAGGAUUGGCGUCAAUUAUUUGAAGAACUAUUGCAGAGAUAGGGAGCGUCAAUGAAGUACUCAGUAAUAACGUUUCGAACCCUCACUGCCCACAGGCGGCUUCGAUCCGCGACAGGAUGGAACUGCCAUCGGGAGCUGAACCGCGGUGCAGCCGGCGUCUGGAACUCUGGAUCGCGCAGGGGAACACACCCAGGAUCACAGAUAAAACCGGCUCCUUGCAGGGCCCGAUCAACUUACGGCCUAAAGAUGCUAAAAGUGCUAAAAGUGCGUUCGGACCAGGGCGCGAUCCACUGCACUGGCGGGCUUCCAUGCCAAGGGGCGCUGGUUGUCCUGACGCCUCAACCCAGCCGCGUUGCUACGCCAACGCCGCCAUUUGUUGAUCUGAACCGUGGUCGGUGGAUCGGGAUAGCUUCAUCAUCUCCAUCCACCUACCUUGGUUCCCACCUCUAAAUACCCUUAGACAUCCUUUGUCUUGUCUCUCCCCCAGCCUUCCUGCCUCCGUUAACCCCGGAGCUUCAAGACCGUUUCGCAAUCGCGACAGGAAAGCUCUAGAACCUACAAAAAAAAGAAGGCUGCUUCGGCUGCAUCUUCCACUGCAUUGACGAUCUAGAAGGACCACCGCCAGAACCCACUUUGCAUAGAUCUGACGCACAGUCUACUUUGAUACUUUGAAA